UCACAAAUGAGGGGGGCCCCUUUUCGAACCCCGCCUAGGGCCUUGAAAAUCUCAGGGCUGGGCCUAGAAGACCUGCAUACCUUGUGGAGAACACCAAGUACAACCCCUUGCCACAAUUGGUGCAUCAAUAUUCAACCAAAACGGGGCACAUUGAAAAGGACCCCUAGAUAUUCACAAUACAUAGACCGGGUAAGAACACCUCCUAUAGUUUGCCUAGAUUGGCCCAAGACUUGAAACAAAAAUGGGUGCAUCAAAAAGGACCCUUAGAUAUUCACAUUGCAUAGACCAAGUAACACCACAUUCAGAAGCUUUCUUAGUGGCUACUGGCUACCAAGACUCAAAAACUGACACAAAAAUCUGCUCCAGAAACUAUUUAAUUUGGAUCUCUCAACUUUGCUCUCUAAGGCCGAGGUGGAUGAUUAAGGCCCUGGAAAAAAAAAUAUCGUUAGCCUUGAAUGUGCUCUCCAAGUUUUAAAGAAUAACAUUCUUUAUAAAUGCAUACCUGUAGUAUACUAGGCCAACGUGAUGAAGGUAAUGCUGAAGGUAAAUGUUUGACUAAGAUUGCUGUCAUGGGCAGCAAGAGUGAUGAAGUUAUUGGUGAAAAUAAUGUGAUUGAAACCAGAGGUAAUGUGAUCGGAACCAUACCCAUUCCAAUUCUCGAUGAGGGAACAGUCGUGACACAAUGGAAGAAUCAAUUGGCAUGGUCGGAAAUGAGAGCUUCAUAAAGCUGAAUGAUAGAGCAACUAAUGUGGCAUUGGAAGUUGGAACCACAAUAAACGACGCACGGAAACGUGAUUUUGUAGACGUGUCAGAUCACGGAGCAGAAGAAUCAGAAUUAACUGUUGCUGCUGCAAACAGGGAGGAGAUCUCAUCAACAGGAUAUUUCCUCUCCUCUGGUGCUUCGCUAUUGCCUCAUCCCUCUCAGGCAUUGACAGGUGGGGAGGAUGCUUAUUUUGUUCCUGGGAAGAAUUGGUUGGGUGCAGCGGAUGGAGUUGGUCAAUGGUCACUAGAAUGAAUUAAUCCAGGAAUUUAUGCCCAAGAACUGAUGGAGCACUGUCAAAAGAUUGUCUCGAAUUGCAACAGUAUGCUACUACCUAAACCGGAGGAAGUUCUCAAUCAAAGUGCUCUUGAAGCGAAGUCUCCUGGAUCGUCAACAGUUUUGGUUGCUUACUUUGAUGGUCGGGCUCUUCAUGUGGCCGAUAGUGGAGACUCGGGAUUUAUUGUAAUCAGAAAUGGUGCUGUUUAUAAAAAGUCUUCUCGAAGGUCUUACGAGUUGAACUUCCCAUAUCAAAUAAAAUGUGGAGACGAUCCCUUGGAGCUUGUGGAGGACUAUAGGAUUGAUUUGGAUGAGGGUGAUGUUAUUGUUACUGCAACUGAUGGCCUUUUUGACAAUUUAUAUGACGAAGAAAUAGCUUCAAUCAUCUCCAAGUCGCUGCCAGGCAAUUUGAAACCUGAGGAAAUAGCAGAAGUUCUGGCUGUGAGAGCACAAGAGGUGGGAAAAUGAGAAACUGGUAGGAGUCCAUUUGCAGAUGCAGUACAAGCAGCUGGAUAUGUGGGAUUUACUGGUGGCAAACUUGAUGAUGUUACCGUAAUUGUGUCUUUGGUCCAGAAGUCCUCCCACUGAGUAACGACAAUGGCUUUCUUCAUCUUCUUGUUUCUUGUAAGUUGUAGUCUCUAAAUGCUUUCAAAUCAUGUAAUAUAAUUUUUUGCUUGAUUCACAA